AUGACUCCCAAACCUUCACCCCGAAUCCAUGUUCUCGGACUCGGCAGCAUCGGCUGCUUUGCUGCGCAUUGCAUCACCGAGAUCGUCAACGGACCCUCCGUCACCCUCCUCCUCCAUCGCAAGUCCCUUCUCGACGCCUACCGUCGCAAUGGCAAUCGCAUGCGAGUCCAGACCUCAGAAGGCGAGCAUAUCAGCUCCGAAGGAUAUCAGUUCGAGGCCCUCGACAACGGCCAAUGGUAUCAUACUGCACCGGACGAUGAGCCAGAUUCCCCCAGAGAGCCCGCCACCGAGCCCAUCGAGAACCUGAUCGUCUGCGUCAAAGCCACCCAGACGGUGGAGGCUCUGCGCCCUCUAUCCAGCAGACUGACUCCCAGCUCGACGGUUCUUUUUCUUCAGAAUGGCUCGGGCAUGAUCGACGAAGUAAAUGCCCAUCUCUUCACGAACCCAGACACUCGUCCCCGCUACCUCAUCGGGGUCAUUUCCCACGGCGUCACACUCAAUGCGUCCUUCGAUAUCACGCACACCGGGUUCUCGGCGACAUCGAUAGGCCAGAUGCCGCGCGAGCACGAGCACGAGAAAUCCCCCUCAGAUUCAGAUCCAGAGCCAACAUCAGACAACUUCCUCCUCACUACCCUCCCCCACUCCCCCCGCCUCAACCUUACCUCCUACACCUACACCUCCGUCCUGCAAUUCCAGCUCGAAAAGCUGGCCGUCAACGCCUUCUGCAACCCCCUCUGCGCCCUGAACGACGCGCCCAACGGCUUCCUCUUCACGCUCCCCGAUACCCGCCGUGCCAUCUUAACCGAGAUCUCGAGCGUCGUGCUUGCGCUGCCUGAACUGCGCGGUGUUCCGGGCGUCGAGGACCGGUUCUCCGUCGAGAGGUUGGAGAACACGGUGAAUGGCAUUCUGCAGAAGACGUAUAAUACGACGUGCUCGAUGGUGUGGGAUCUAAGGACAGGGAGAGAGACGGAGGUGAGGUUUAUUAAUGGGUCGUGGUCGAGGAUGGGGAGGAGGGUUGGGGUGCCUACGCCGGUGAAUGAUCGGUUGGUGGAGGAGGUGGAGGAGAGGGGGAGAUUAUAG